AUGCGGCAGGUUGUCGCUUUGCUUAACGAUGAAGAUGUUGAUGCAAAUUCAUCGUCUUCUUCAAAACGCCCUUCCACAUUUCUUAAUUUUGUUGCUCUUGGCAAUACCAGUGCAGCUAAAUCAACAGUUUUGAAUAGUUUGAUUGGGCAUCCUGCUCUGGGUGCUUCUGUUGCAAUGAAUAUCUCUAUAGCAUUUAUCAGUGUCAUCCUUCUUCCUAUUAUUGGAAAUGCAGCGGAACAUGCAAGUGCCAUCAUGUUUGCCAUGAAAGACAAGCUUGAGUCGCGAUUGGCUCCUCAACACAAAUAUCUAUGUUUGUUAUUCCAUUUUUGUGUGGUUGUUGGGCGGAUCAUGGGGCAUCCUUUGGACCUAAAUUUUCAACUUUUUGAGACAUCAACUCUUAUUAUGACGGUUAUAGUAGUGGCUUUCGUGUUGCAAGAUGGAACAUCCAAUUACUUCAAGGGAGUAAUGCUUGUGUUUUGCAAUUUGAUACUUGUUGCAAGUUUCUUUGUACAUAUAGACCCUCUAUCUAUAGUUCAAUCAUCAGGAACAACUAUGACAUUUGUGAUUGUUGAAGGAGCAGUUAUAUCCGUAGCUUCUGUUGGUGAUUCAUGUUCCAUAAUUGAGAGAGAGCGUGUCCCUGCUAGUGGUGGUGAAGUUGGUCGACUUAAUGUCGGUGGUGGUGCACAUAUUGGUCCUUUGAGAUGUUGGCCUCGUGGCUUGUGUUUGUCAAUAUCAAUUGGAGAUCUGGAUGUUGGGGAAUUCAUUGUUCCUGUUCCCUAUGUUAAACAAGUUAAUGUCAGUUGUAUUUUUGAAGGAAUGGAAUCCAUCAAGAGAAUUGGAAUUGGAAUUGGAAUCGAAAUCUGA